AGCAGAGCGAUGGAGCAGCGUGGAGUGGCCACGGCCAUAGGGCCCGCAGUGCUGGCCACCACCUUCCUGUGCGCCGUGACCUCCGCCCCCGACACCUGUCCAGAGGUGAAGCUGGUGGGUCUGGAGGGCUCCGACAAGCUCUCCAUCCUCCGAGGCUGCCCGGGGCUGCCAGGACCCACAGGGCCCAAAGGAGAGGCAGGCGCCAGUGGACAGAAGGGAGAGCGAGGUUCUCCCGGAGUCCCUGGGAAGGCAGGGCCGGCCGGGCCCAAAGGAGACCGAGGGGAAAAGGGCGCAGGCGGAGAGAAAGGAGACCCGGGGCAGCUUCAUUCCUGUGCCACAGGACCUCGGACCUGUAAGGAGCUGCUCACCAGGGGACACUUUCUGAGCGGCUGGCACACCAUCUACCUGCCCGACUGCCGGCCCCUGACCGUGCUGUGUGACAUGGACGUGGACGGCGGGGGGUGGACCGUUUUCCAGCGAAGGAGCGACGGCUCUGUGGACUUCUACCGGGACUGGGCCGCCUACAAGCAGGGCUUCGGCAGUCAGCUGGGAGAGUUCUGGCUGGGGAAUGAAAACAUCCACGCCCUGACCGCCCAGGGAAGCAGCGAGCUGCGGGUAGACCUCGUGGACUUUGAGGGCAACCACCAAUUUGCCAAGUACCAGUCAUUCAAGAUGGCGGGUGAGGCAGAGAAGUACAAGCUGGUCCUGGGAGCCUUUGUCGGGGGCAGUGCAGGUGAGAGUCCGCGUGGGGCACAGCAGUGGCCUGGGCUUCAGCACGGGGUUUGGGGAAGCAGAGAGGACCUGCUUAGCGUCCUGGCUCUGCCUCUUCUGUGUGAUUCCCUGACGUCCCACAACGACAACGCCUUCUCCACCAAAGAUCAAGACAGUGACAAAAAUACUGCCAAUUGUGCCGUGCAGUACCAGGGGGCCUGGUGGUACAAGGAUUGUCACGUGUCAAACCUGAACGGUCGCUACCUUGGGGGGCCCCACGAGAGCUUUGCAAACGGCAUCAACUGGAGGUCAGGGAAGGGGUACAACUACAGCUACAAGGUGUCGGAGAUGAAGGUGCGGGCCACCUAG